GAGCGCGAAAGAUCAGUAGCUGGCACAUCUCCGUCUUACUCCGGCAGUCGCUUCCUUCUAGCUACAUUUGUCGGAGCAAGAGAGGUGCACCAGCAUACCGUUGAUACUUCGCUGUAUCGACCUUCCGCUCACUUGUAACACAUUUACGCUUUAAUAUAGUUUGGUCUUACGAAGUUGGUGUGUAUUCGCACUAUUCUAUCUUUUCCACUCGGGAUUCGUGAACUUGGUUACGCUCGUUAAGAUAGCCAAACAUUUAUUGUCGGUAAGUUUGUAACAUCGAUCAUUUAUGAAAGAUGCUAUAAGCGCCAUCUAUAAGACUUUAAUAGCAAUUCAGCGCCUGUGCAGUGUAUAUCUAAUGUAGAUUACGGAAAAUCAGUUCUUUCUUACCGACGUAUAGUUACGGAGUUACUAAUAAUUGAUAAAACUUUGAAAUCUUAAUUUUGAAUUAAGUAUGAGAAGCUACUUUAUCUGUAGACAGCUCUGAUUUAGAAGUACGUAAUCAAGUAGUUGAUCAGUUAUGUUGGUGUUUAUUUACGUUAUGUUUUCUGUGAUUAGCAUUUCGAUUUUGGAAAUUUGUUAAAAAAAUCUGGAUUCAUGUGGCCUCAAUAAUAUUACUUAUAAUAUUACUUGUAAUAUUAUUUUUAAAUCUCAUAAUUGUCUGUAUAUCUUGGAUAUUUCAUUCAAAUUAUUCAGUUAUGUUUACUAAAUAAAUCUACUCUAUGCCUAUGUAACGAUAGUUAUUGACAAGCUGAAGAAUGUUUAAAUUAUAAUGUCGAAAAAUUUAUACAGUAGAUUACUACAGAAAUAUAAGAUCAAUAUUAAAAGACUUUUAUGUCCUCCAAAAUUUGAUGUCAAUAUUACACAGUAUUCCAUAAUGGCGGAAAUCGUUGUUGAUAUUAAACAAGGCAAAUUAAAAGGUAUUGUUAGAGAUAACAUCGAUGGUGGAAAAUAUUUUUCUUUCCGCGGUAUACCAUUUGCUGAACCUCCAGUCGGCUCACUAAGAUUCAAAGAACCUCAAGAGUUGAAACCAUGGAGCGGUAUAAAAGACGCAUUAGAAGAAAGUAAAAAGUCGGCUCAAUACGAAAUAAUGUCUAAAGUAGGCGAAGGUGGAGACGAUUGUUUAUAUUUAAAUGUAGCAACAAACUCACUAACUGAUAAAAAACCUGUUAUGGUUUGGAUUCACGGUGGUGGUUUCAAAAAGAGUUCAAAUACAUAUCAAAAGUACAGCCCAGAUUAUUUGCUGAAAAAAGAUAUUGUUUUUGUUGGUAUAAAUUAUAGACUUGGUGUUUUAGGUUUUUUAAAUAUGGAGCAUGAAGAGUGUGCAGGAAAUCAAGGAUUGAAAGAUCAAAUGGCCGCUUUAAUAUGGAUUCAGGAAAACAUAGAAGUUUUCGGUGGUAAUCCUGAAAAUGUUACAAUUUUCGGUGAAAGUGCUGGAGGAGCUUCAGUGCACGCGCUAUGUUUAUCACCUCGAGCAAAAGGCCUAUUUCAUAAGGCUAUUGCACAAAGUGGCGUUGUUUCUAACCCAUGGGCGCAUACUUAUUCCAAUAAGGAAUGUGGAUAUUCUUUAGCUAAAGCUUUUGGAAAGAAAUGUUAUACUCCACUUGAAACAAUUGAAUAUUUAAGAACGAUUCCUUCUCUUGAUUUAGUAACAAUGUAUGAAAAUCUUAAUAAUAUGGAAAUGAUAAAAUUAACCCUUGAGUUAGUUCCAACUCAAGAUAAAAGCGUCAAUCCAGUCUUACCUCAACCUAUACAGGAAAUGAAUCAUAAAGGAGUAGAUGUUCCUCUACUAAUAGGCUACAACAGCCAUGAAGGCAUUCUCCGAUUUUUAGAUAAUACUGAAGAAUCCAUAAUGGAAAUCGAUAAUGAUUUUGAAUCGGCUAUUAACGAUUAUUUAAAAAUAAAUGACGCUUUGAAAUUAUCACAUAUUGCGAAAACUGUACGUGAAUAUUAUUUUGGAAAAGAGAAAAUAACCGAAGCAAAAAUUAAUGAAUUGGUUCAAUGCUUUGGAGAUUUAAUUUUUGUAAAUAAUAUUCUCGAAGUAGUAGAUAUUCAAAUGCAAAAAUCAUCACCAACGUAUCUGUAUAAAUUUUCAUAUAGACCAGAUUAUCCUACAAUUCAAGAUUUGUUCAAAAGUAAAAUAGAAGGUACUUGUCAUGCUGAUGAGAUGGGUUGCUUAUUUUUCUCAGAACUGAGAAGAGGAAAACUUCCUAAAGAUUCAAGAGAUCGUACAACAAUGGAACGCAUGACAACAAUGUGGACAAAUUUUGCCAAAACUGGGGAUCCGACACCAACGACGAAUGAUUUAAUACCAGUGAAGUGGCGAUCUUUACAACCAAAUAAAAAGAAUUAUCUAGAAAUCAAUGAUGAUUUGACAUGUGGUCAGAAUCCAGAUAGCGAAAUGUGGAAUAUAUGGAGGCCAUUACUUGAGUCUUUACAGCAAUGAAUUUUAGUUGAUUAAAUUUUCCUACAAUUAACAAGAAAGGUAAUCAAAAAUAAUGAGGUGAAAAAAUGUUUUUUCACAAUGUUUUUACGUUAUUAUACGUAUGUAUAUGCAUAGUACCAUAGUACAGUUUUACAAGUAUAAACAGAUAAAUUGAUUGAAAAUCAUUCUUUUGUAUUUUAUCAUUAUUAAAUAAUCAUAUCCUAGUUUACGUUUGUUAGAUUUAUUUUAUUAUAUUUACAUAUGAAACGAAACAGUUACUGUGUAAAAAGUUAUUUUAAAUAAAUUGUAAUUAAUAAUGUCACGGGUUGUGUAUAGCCCAAUAUUGUAACUCCCAACCCGUGACAAUAAAAUAAGUUAGACUUCAUUCAUUUUACUAUCGAACCGAUACUGCUUGAAGUAUAGUACAAUCUUGAAACAAUUUAUGUUCUUAUUUAGUUUGUGAAGAUACUUUAAAUGAACAUACAAUAAAUACGUCAUUAUUAUCUACAAAUAUAAGAAGUUGAUUUUUGUUUUAUGCGUUCGGAUUGUUGUAAGUCAACAUUUACUGUUAUCUUCAUAAAAAAAUAUAUAAUAUGUCAAUUGUUUUAUGCUUUUCAUCACUAUAAACCGUAACACUUCAAGCUCACGCAAUGAAUAAUGAAGCUCGAUCCGACACUUGCCAUUAACACGAUUCACAGUGGGUAAUCUAAUAAGGAUAACGAACCUUAAACCGCAGAUUCUCCAGAAAUCUGAGAUUUACUGCUUGCGAUGUAGGGCAAGUCCUAGGAGGAUAAUGUUUUGAUGCCACAGUUUGUACACAGAUUGCAUAUCUCGGUAUCUUAUGAUAAUAGGAUCUAUUCAACGAUUACCCUGUAUUAUCAUAAAAUGCCAGAUUAUUAUUAACCUACAUGUUUAUUUUAAGAUUUCCGGGCACAAGUGCUGAUGAUACUACCCUGUACAAUAGGUUGUUUAAAAUAUCAAUAAAAUGUAUUUGUUCGGAAAUAUAGUACCUUCCCUUACGCAAUAAAAAUGCCAAGACUAAAAACCCUCUAUUCUUAUAUAUUUUGACUCUUUCAAUCCGGACGCGUCACUAGAUAUUUUGAAAAAUGGGUAGACAUUUAUUUAAAAUGUAAUUGUUGAAACAAUAUAUAAAAAAUAGUUUUUUCGA